AUGCACAUCAAACAGAUUAUCAUCCAAGGGUUCAAAUCAUACAAAGAACAAACCGUCAUCGAGCCCUUCUCUCCCAAACACAAUGUCAUCGUCGGCCGUAAUGGCUCCGGCAAAUCAAACUUCUUCGCCGCGAUCCGUUUCGUCCUCAGCGACGCGUACACUCAGAUGGGGCGUGAGGAGCGGCAGGCGCUGCUGCACGAGGGUUCCGGCUCAGCGGUCAUGAGCGCUUACGUUGAGAUCAUCUUCGACAACAGCGAUGAGCGCUUCCCGACGGGAAGAGACGAGGUGGUGCUCCGACGUACCAUCGGGCUCAAGAAGGACGAGUAUAGUUUGGACAGGAAGAAUGCCACAAAGGCGGAUGUGAUGAAUCUCCUCGAGAGCGCGGGUUCUCGAGGAGAUUCGGAAAGGCUGAAUCUGCUGAAGGAAGUGGCGGGUACACAGGUGUAUGAACAGCGACGAGCAGAGUCGCUGAAGAUUAUGGAAGAGACAGAAAGCAAGAGGUCAAAGAUCGAUGAGCUGCUCAAGUAUAUUGAAGAGCGGCUAUCGGAACUAGAAGAGGAGAAGGAGGAGCUGAGAGGCUUCCAAGAGAAGGAUAGGGAAAGGCGAUGCUUGGAGUACACCAUCUACCACAGAGAACAGGUGGAAAUUAAUAAUGCGAUUGAUGGAAUUGAGGAGACAAGACAGCGAGGAAUCGAGAUUAAUGAGGACAGUAGAGAGGCCUUCGUAGAGCAGGAAACAAGAAUUCAAGAACUCGAACACAAAAUCACACAAAACAAGCAAAAGUCAGAUCUCCUCCAAGUUGACAAAGUCCAGCUCGAAGAAGAGCACCGGGACCACGUGCGCCACCGCGCCCAAAUUGAACUCGACGUCAAAGCGCUCACUGCCGAUGCCGCGCACCUCCUCGCCGCCAAAGAGCACUACGAAUCCGAGCUUGCAGACCUCACCUCCGCCAUUGCCGAUCGCGAAGCUGAACUCGAGGCUCUUCUCCCGGAGUACAAUGCAAAGAAGGAACAAGAAGUUGCUUUUAAAUCCCAGCUCGAGGAUGCCGAAGCUGCGCGACAGCGCCUCUACGCUAAACAAGGCCGUAACACCCAAUUCCGUAACAAGCGCGAGCGCGACGACUGGCUCAAGCGAGAGAUUAACGAGUGUCAAACCACGCUUGGGAAACGGCGCGCAAUUCAGGGCUCCUUGGAAGCAGACAUUAGCGAGAUGGAAGGCGAAGUGUCCCAAGUCGAAGCAGAGAUCGAGAGUGUCCGGGAGCGGCUCGACGGGCGCGCUAGCAUUGUUGAGGAGCUUGCGGAGGAGGUCGCCGCCAAAAAGGAGGAGAGGAACAAACUUCUCGACGAGCGAAAGGAGCUCUGGCGCGAAGACGCCAAGCUAGAUUCUGUCGUUGAGUCUGCGCGCCAGGAGCUCGAUAAGGCCGAGCGCAAUCUCUCCCACACCAUGGACCAGAACACCUCUCGGGGUCUCGCCGCCGUCCGUAGAAUUAAGGAGCGCAUGAACCUCGAGGGGUGCUACGGUACUCUUGUAGAACUCAUGGACGUUGAGGAGAAUUUCCGCACAGCCGUCGAAGUCACCGCCGGCCAAAGUCUCUUCCACUACGUUGUUGACAAUGAUGACACUGCCACCAUAGUUCUGCAGCAACUCCAGAAGGAACGUGCAGGUAGAAUCACCUUUAUGCCGCUCAACCGACUCAAGCCAAGACUUGGAAACUUCCCGAAUACAAAGGAUGCCCUGCCUAUGCUCGACUAUAUCGAGUUUGAUGAAAGAUACAAGAAGGCCUUUGAGCAGGUCUUUGGCAAGACAAUCAUCUGCCCCGACCUCAACGUCGCCUCCCAGUACGCCCGCUCACACGGCCUCAGCGCCAUCACACUUGCCGGUGACCGUGCAGACAAGAAGGGUGCCCUGACCGGAGGUUACCACGACCCACGGCGCAGCCGUCUCGAGGCCGUCAAGGCCGUCAAGAAGUGGCGCGCGGUGUACGAGGAGCAGCGCGCCCUUGCGGCAGACAUCAAGCGCAAGAUUGAGCGCAAGGACCAGGUGAUUACAACGGCAGUGGGAGAGCUCCAGAAAGCUGAGGCGCGGCGUAGCCAGACGGAGAGUAGCUUUGGCCCGCUGCGGGCGUCGCUGCAGGGUAUGGUCGGCACUGUUGGGCAGCUCAAGGAUAAUCUAGAGCGCAAGAUGCGGAGCAGAGAGAAUGUAGAGGCGUCGAUAAAGAGUCUGACGGAGCAGCUAGAGGCGUAUCAAGGAGAAGUCAACAGCGAGUUUAAGAAGUCGCUUACUGCAGAUGAGGAGCGAAGACUGGAGGAGCUGACGGCGAGUGUGCAGGAUCUCAGGAAGCAGCUGGGCGAGGUGUCGAUGGAGAGGACGGAUCGGGAGGGCCGUAAAGCGAUCCUUGAGGUUGAACUGAGGGAGAACUUGAGGAUGCGCUUGGACCAGUUGAAGGGGCAGAGCAUGGACAAUCUGGAGGGAACCGGAUCUGGCCCUGGAGGGCGACGCGGUGACCUCAAAGAGGUCCAGCGGGAGCUCAAGAGAGUUGGUAAAUCGAUCCAUCGGGUUGAGGAGAAGCUGGCGGAGGUAGAAGCCGAACUUGAAGAGACCAAGAAGCAGCUCGAUAUCUACGAAGCCAGAAAACUUGAGCUCCAAACCAAGCAGCAAGACGAGGCCAAGAACAUUGAGCGUCAAAAGAAGAAGAUCGAGCGCAGCAUGGCCAAGCGCGCACUCCUGAUGGAGAAAGCACAAGAGUGCAGUAGAAACAUCCGCGACCUUGGAGUACUCCCUGAAGAAGCAUUCGAGAAGUACGAGCGUGCCAAUUCCAACCAGGUCGUGAAGCGCCUACACAAAGUCAACGAGGCCCUUAAGAAGUACUCCCACGUCAACAAGAAGGCCUUUGAGCAGUACAACAACUUCACCAAGCAGCGCGACACUCUCAUGAAGCGCCGAGAGGAGCUUGACUCCAGUCAGGUUUCGAUUGAAGAGCUUAUCCAGGUACUGGAUCAACGUAAGGACGAAGCUAUCGAGCGUACAUUUAGGCAGGUAUCGAAAGACUUUGCCGAGAUCUUUGAAAAGCUUGUGCCAGCCGGGCGCGGUAGACUAGUUAUUCAGCGGAAGGUUGAUAAGAACCAGGAGGCAGAGGAUGAAGGCAGUGAUGAGGAAGAGGCCGCGAAAAGGGGUGGCGGCGUAGAGAACUAUACCGGUGUUGGUAUUAGUGUCAGUUUUAACUCAAGGCAUGACGAGCAGCAGAGGAUCCAGCAGUUGAGUGGUGGACAGAAGAGUUUGUGUGCACUAGCCCUUAUCUUUGCGAUUCAGCAGUGUGAUCCUGCGCCGUUUUAUCUGUUCGAUGAGGUGGACGCAAACCUGGAUGCACAAUACCGAACCGCGGUAGCACAAAUGGUCAAGAACUUAUCAUCCCGAGCUGACAAUGGCCAAUUUAUUUGCACAACCUUCCGUCCAGAACUAGUCCAAGUCGCAGACAAAAUGUACGGCGUGCUCUAUAAAAACAAAACCUCGAGUGUGGACUCGGUAUCCAAAGAGGAAGCGCUCCGUUUCAUAGAAGGCCAGAAACCAUAA